AUGAGCUUUGUUAGAACAAGGGCAUUUUCCUCUCUCGGCGCUCUUCUUCCUUCCAUCUGGACGAUCCAAGAGCUCCAGCGCGUGUUGGAUUCUCUCGAUAGCGGGGAUUUUGAUCCCGGCAGCUCGCCGGCGGCGCGGCGCGGCGCGGCGAUCGCGAUCGUUGGAGCGUGUGGCGAUCUUAGGGCGGGUUCUUGGCAAUGCAGGAGGAUCCGUGCGCUCGUCGAGCGGAUCGGGCUCGGCGGCGAUGUUGCCGUGGCGAAUCUCAUGGUAAAUAUGUAUGUCCGGUGUGGAAAUCUGGCAGAAGCUCGGGCGCUCUUCGAGGAGAUCCGUGUCAAGGAUGCCGUUCUCUGGACGGAAAUGGCGUCGGCUCACGCCCACAGCGGAGAUUAUGCGGCGGCCUUUCAUCUUUUCCGGAGGAUGCAGCUAGAAGGCGUUCCUCCCGAUCAAGUGACGCUGGUGACGAUGGUCAAUGCCUGUUCUAGCGGCGGGGAUUUCUUUCUUGGAGAGGGCAGGAAUUUGCACGACCGUGUCGUGGAGCUCGGGCUGAUCUCUUCCAAUCCUUUCGUGGGAACGGCGCUCAUCAACAUGUAUGCAGGAUCGGGGAAGAUCGAUCUGGCAAGAUCGAUCUUUGAGAAGAUGCCCAGAUCGAAUGCCAUCCCUUGGAACGCGAUGAUAGCAGCGUUUGCCAAGAACGGGCACUGCAGCGAGGCGAUUGGGCUCUUGCGGGAGAUGCUGCUCGAGCCUGUUGUUCCGAGCGGCACCACAUUCGUGGCGGUGCUAAGCGCCUGCACGGAUCUUUGCGAAGGGAUCCAGAUCCACGACAGAGUCUGUGAGAGCGGCCACCUGGGCGAUGUGAUCGUCGCCACCGCCUUACUCAACAUGUAUGGCAAGCUUGGCUGCCCAGAUCGCGCGCUGGAAAUCUUCUCGGCAAUGCGGCAGAGAAACAUGAUCACUUGGAACGCGAUGGUGGCAGCGCUGGCUCACAACAAGCGAUUCGAGCAAGCAUUCGGGGUCUUCUGGGCGAUGCAAGUGGAAGGCAUCAAGCCCAGCGAGGCUACUUUUCUGGCAGCUCUCGCCGCCUCGUCGAAUCUCCCGGCACAGGGCAAGCUUCUCCAUAGCUUGGCCGUCGAAGCUGGAUUUCUCGGCAGCAUUCUCGUGUCGACUGCACUGGUCGAGAUGUACAGCCGGAUUGGAAGCGUUUGCGAGGCAGCCAAGAUCUUCGAGCGAUGCAGUCCGAAAGACGUGGUUCUCUGGAACGCGAUGAUCACGGCGUAUGCCCAAGCUGGUCAUAGCAAGCAAGCACUGGAGCUCUUCCAGGGUAUGCAGACCGAUGGUGUAAGUCCUGACUCGGUGAGCUUUCUAACGAUUCUUAAUGCCUGCUGCAGCCCAGAGUUCCUCUCCCGCGGCAGAGAAAUCCACGCCAGGAUGAUCAAGAGCGGUCUCACGGAGGACGUGUUCUUGGGGACGGCGCUGGUAAACUUCUAUGGAAAGGCUGGCAGUGCGGAUGACUCGCGAGCAGUGUUUGACAGGAUGAAGCAGCGGAGCUUGGUCACCUGGAACGCGAUGAUCAGCGCCUGCGUCCACGACGAUUACAGCAGCAUGCUCGUCUUCCAACGCAUGCAACACGAAGGAAUCAAACCGGACAAGCUUACGUUCGUCACAAUCCUCAACGCUAGCGGAACGAGCCUGGCCACAGGGAAGACGAUCCACGGCUACGUUCUCGAGAGCGGCGUGCCGCUCGACUCCAUGCUCGAGACCGCGCUGCUCAACAUGUAUAGCAAGGCCGGGGGACUGGAUCACUCGCAGUGGAUGUUUGAUCGGUGCCAGAGCCGGGACGAUGUCUCCUCGUGGAACACUCUCGUCACAGCUCUUGCUCGUCACGGUAGGGGCGAUGAAGCUCUCAGGCACUUCUACCGGAUGCAAAGCGAGGGAGCCAGGCCGAAUAGCUCGACGUUCUUGAGCGUUCUAUCGGGGUGUAGCCACUCGGGGCUGCUGUGGGAGGGGAUCCAGUGCUUCUCCAGCAUGGUCUGGGAUCACAGAGUGGAGAUUUGCGAAGAACACUUCGGCUGCGUGAUCGAUCUUCUGGGACGAGCUGGGAGGCUUGGAGAAGCCGAGGAGUUUAUCGCCAAGAUGCCGCUGGAUAGCAAUUCGGUGGUGUGGAUGUCACUGCUGGGAGCUUCCAAGAUCCAGGGAGAUGCCGGACGAGCGAAGCACGCGGCCGUCAACGCCAUCGCCAUUGACCCCCGGCACGAUGCCGCUUACGUGGCAUUGUCGUCAACGGGUUGA